CUGUUCUAUUUUUUACUGGGCGCAACACGUACAUUUUGGCCAAAAUAAAAAGUACAAAAUCACCGUCGGGAACAAAGAAGGGGUUGAGAAAAUCCCGGGAAAAAUCAGCCGAGACUGUUGGCCUAGGGAAUGGUAACAGUGUCAGACAGGUGCAGCUCAGCAUAACCAAAAACGGCAGCGCAACAACAACGCAGUUUCCAUCUGGCCUGCUUUAUUUUCGGCACCCAGCGAGAUGGCCACCAAGCGGCGACCCCUGCGACCCAAUCUAGGCUCUAAUCCCAGCUCCCCGUCCGGCUCGAAUAUGAACUUCAGACCCGGAGGGCCUGACAUCACCCGGGCAGAGGCGCGCGGCACGAGACCCACGGCGGCGCCCACCAGCAUCCGAGAGAUCCUGGUCAUGGGUGUGAUCCACCUGUGCAAGAAGACCAUAUUCUUCAACACGGACCUCAAGGUGGCCUUGUAUCUGGGCAGCCUGUUCGUGAUCUCCGUGAUCGGGGACUUUGUGCCCUUCCCGAAGACCUACUUUGCGCGUUCGGACAACCUGUUCAACAUGUACUUCGUUAAGGUGGGCUGGGGUUGGACCCUGCUCUUCGCAGUGCCCUUUUUGGUGCUGUCCGCAUAUACCAUUACCUGCGGCGAUCAUAAAAAGAUGCUGCGCCACCAUUUCCCGCGCAUAGUCAUCGCCACUUUCUUCUGGUUCUUCUGGACGAAGCUCUUCAACGUGGUGGAGACCUCCUACGGGCGCUGCACUACCAAGGGCUACCAGAGCAAGUCCAGCUGCCUGAAGGCCGGGCACUUGUGGCAGGGCUUCGACAUAUCCGGUCACGCCUUUAUCCUGAUCCACUCCAGCCUGGUGCUCAUCGAGGAGGCGCGCCCCAUCAUCCGCUGGGAGACGAUAAAGGAGCAUAUACGGAACGAGCUGCACAACCGCAGUUCCGCUGAGGCUUCGGGCACGAAUCCGCUGCGCACUCUCAACGAGGAGCAGAUGCGCAGCCUGCAGUUUCUGUACAAGCGCCUGACGCCCAUCAUCCGGACCCUGUUCAUCGGGAUGGCGGCGCUGCAGCUGCUGUGGGACAUCAUGCUGGUGGGCACCAUGCUGUACUACCACCGCAUGAUCGAGAAGGUGAUCAGCGGCAUUAUUGCGAUCCUUACCUGGUAUUUCACCUACCGCUUUUGGUAUCCCACGCCCGGUUUGUUGCCGGAGGCGCCUGGCAAUGGCAGCUUUAGCUACCAGCGCGAAAUACCCACGUUCCCCUUCAAGCGACCCUCGCAUUUAUCAACGCCAGCCGGGGGCACCAGCGCCGGGGCCAGCACCUCCAGGGCGAACCUCAACGGCAAGUCGGCGUCUACGACGAGCGUGCCGAGGGAUCAGCAGAUACCCACGUUCAUGGGCAUGCCGCUGUUCACGAACGCUAAGGCGGCCAGUGCAGCGGCCAAUCUGCUGCAGGCCGAGCAGAACAAGCGGGACAGGGACCAGCAGCAGCUGGACAGCUGAGCAGAGUUAUUGGAACUCCGCGGCAGCCACAGCCAUCAAGCAUAGCAGGAAUUGACAAGCAUAAGGUGACGGAUUGGAAUUUUUACCAAAUUUUUUUGUAUAUUCAGCGACGAUGAAAUGAUGAUAAAACGAUGAUAUUACUAAGCAGCUCGAGGCUGGCACUGGUUCGCGUUCUGCUCCUCAUCCUCCUCCUCCUCCUUACCAUCACACCCCAGGAUCGUAUCGGAUCUCGGGAUCCCGGACCCAGCAUCCUUCAUCGGCAGCGCGUAGCUUUAAGCGUUCUUAUGUUCGUGUGUUUAUAUGUGCCCAACUUUAACAGUAAAAGGAUUUGUUAACAAA